UCUGAAAACUGCGCUGCUCCAAACGUGGGCUCCAGGGGUUGGUUUGGAGAGAUAUGCCGACCCUCUGUUCCUCACUGUUUGCUCCUGCAGGGGUAUAAAGAGGGGCGGGCACCAACUGCCCCAAACGUCAGAGCGCACUGAACUAUAAAUCUCUCCAAACUGCCCUCUGCGCCCGCUGCGGUGUUAUGCGCAGACAUCUGUCCGGAUUCAGUCCCAGUAUGAGGACAGCGCGUAAGGAAACUCAUUGAGCUACAUAGACUUUAUCUGACCAGGAGAAAAUGGAGACACAACACACUCAUAUGAGUUGUUUACCAUGUCGAGUUAUUGUCAGAUGUUGGCGAUUAUGAGCGUUUGACGCAUUUCUGGAUUAAGCAACGAUUGAAGUGUUUUCUCAAGAGGCAGACGAGCGCUUCAUGCACUCUGGGAGACAGAUAUUGUGCACUCUUUGCGCCUCGGAGACGCUGAUGUCUUCAUUGGACUCCUUUCAGUCGGAGAUGGUGGAACUUUCUCGGAUUUCCAACGUGGAAACGUAGCAUCCAAUUAAUCAGCGACUGCAACUGUACCCCGUGAGGCGCAGUGGCACUUGGUCCGCUUCUCUUCAACACCUACCUUUGGACUCCAAAGUGUGGGGAGACGCAUGGUUUGGUUGGUGCACUAGAUCGGAGUAUGAAAGACAAACUGGUGCGAUAUUUCAGCUUUUUCCUACCGGGACACAAAACAAAAUACGAACUCGUUUUGAGGGAAUUUUUUGAGGGUGGCUGUACGCACGAUUCAAGCAGCUGAUUCAGCUUUGGACACUCAAUGAGUCGCGUUUUCUGUUUGCAUUUUAUCACCAACAGCCAAGCGAGUUUCAGGUCUGCAUGGGCCAUAUUUAAGCUUUCCUUAUCGGAACUGAGUCUAAGAUGAAGUUAUGGGAUGUUUUGGCCACGUGUUUGUUGCUCCUGAGCUCUGUUGCUACACGGCCUCUCUACCGACACACAUACCCAGCCAAGAGGACUUAUUUCCCCAGCAGCUACAGUGAUCCUGUUCCCUUGUCCGCGGAGGAGGAAGAGCCUACGUUCCAGGGUGAAGACCACAACCUGCAGGAGAUCUCUAUGGAGGAUCAAUAUGACAUCUCAGGUCCCUAUCCAGAGCAGUUUGAUGAUGUAAUGGAUUUCAUCGAGGCUACUAUUGGCAGACUCCGAAGAUCAUCAGAUUCCAGAGAGGGCUCCAGGGGACGGAGGGAGCAGAGACAGAGGGGAGCAGCAAACUCAGGAGGCACGAGAGGACAAGGGAGAGGACAUGGGGACAGGAGGCGAGGUCGCGGGCGGGGGGGGAGUCGAGGCAAUAAAGGAGGACGGAGCGAGAGGGGAAGGGAGAGUAUAUCGGUGCAAACUCGAGGCUGCUUGCUGAAGGAGGUUCACCUCAACGUGACAGACUUGGGGCUUGGCUACCAGACUAAAGAGGAGCUGAUCUUCCGGUACUGCAGUGGCCCCUGUGCCGAAGCAGAGACAAACUAUGACAAAAUCCUCAACAACCUCACACACAACAAGAAGCUGAACAAGGACACGCCCUCGCGCACCUGCUGUCGACCGAUUGCUUUCGACGAUGACUUAUCUUUCUUGGACGACAAUGUUGUGUAUCACACGUUGAAGAAGCAUUCUGCCAGGAAGUGUGGCUGUGUCUGAGGGAGGCACAUGGAUGUAAUCAAAUGACAGACAUGACCAGCAUCAGUAAACUAAGGAUCACCUUUACAAUCUGAUUUUGCAAAAGGCAGAAAUCUCUGUCUUCAAUGGGCAUCAAAGUUCAAAAACUGAGUGAGUUGUCUCUAUUUGGCUACUAAAGGAACCUAAUGCUGUACAUCUACUUUUGACUCAGCUCAGUACUGCAGAUUGCAAUCAGACAAAUGCAGAAAUGUACGAGGUGUGCGGAAGAUUUUGCAGAAGAAACUAUUGUUGUACUUCCAGAUCUGCUAAAAAGGUGAAUGAAGAAAAUUGACAAAGUUGGGCUUGUUUGUCUACAAGGGGUCCUUUUCCCAGGCACAUCUGUUUUUCCAUCGUGUGCUCCUAUGACUCCAAACCAGAGAUUCGAGGAGUAUUUUCAGCUGCCAUCUAAAUCACUUCCACUGCAUUGUCUGGAUGUCGAGAUAAACAUUUAGAGCCAAGGGAUGACUGAAAAAAAAAACACACCGGAGCUCAGCAAAGACUUUAGGUGCAAUGCAUCUAAACAAAACCCGAUCAUAUAUAUAUAUAUAUGUUUAUAUACAUAGAAAAUAUAGACAUACACAUGUGUGUAAGAGGUAUAUUUAUUAAGAUUGAAUUAACUUAUUGUUAUUUAUUUUGAUCAAUUUUAUGAAAGAAACAGUUGUUUUUCUUAUUUAUUUCAAGCUUUGUCUGUCCAGGAUGGUGCCAAAGUGGGGCAUUUUCUCAAGCGUAGUCUGAAAAGUUGACCCAGAACUGUAAAACACUCACCCACGCAUCCUGAUACUGCUUUCUUGCUUCACGAAGAUUCCAGGGUUUCUAGGUUUCAUCAGUCCAACAGAUUAGCGUUAGCUACCAAGUAAAGGGAGGUUUCGGGAGAGACACAGAGAAGGGGACCAAUGUGGACCCCCAGGAAGAAUAGCUGCAGGGGAUCCUAAUAUACAAACCAAGCUUUCUUUUGACUGAAUUGAUGUGUUGUUUAUGAGCAGUUUUGACGGACAGAUUGCUGGAUUUCAUUAUCAGACGUUUCACCUCAUUUUAGCAAGUUUGACCACCCUAAGACAGGGGGCUGCAGACUGCGCUCUCCUCACAGCACCUGGAUGUAGACUUCUCAUGAAACAUUGUAAAUAUGUAUGUUCACCAGAAGACUCAUCGCUGCUUUCCAUUUUCGGACUGUUUUCAAAUUCUUUCAAAAACUUUGUCCAGAACAGAUUUAUUGUCUAUCACAUCUUUAAUUAAAAUGAACAUGAGUAAGGUGGCGGUCUCCCUCAGGACCUGCAGGUGCCUUUGAGGAUCCAUCUUUUAAGUCACAGAGAACAGAAGCUGCGAGAAUGCCCGCCUACUAGCAUUACGUUAUCCGAAACCUCAAUCUGGCCUUGCACCAAGUCUGAGCAAAGGCUUUGUAGCGGUUACCGUCCCAAUAGGCUUUAAAGUUCACGGGACUGCAUGUUUUCUGUCUCGACUCUGACAGACAGGUCUUACUCCCUGAAAGGGGAUUUGAAAGUGAUCCUCUAACAUGAGUCCAAACCAAAUAUCCCCGUGGGCAAAGGCAUUUUGGUGGAGGCAGUUUAAGGAAGAUCUAGCUACUGUAGCGGCUGUCAUCACUAUUCGUUUGUAAAUAUCUGAAAACGAUGCGUUACAACAAAGGGAAUUGUUUGGAAUAACAGACAGAAGCGACUAGGUAGGCUCAACAUGCUCUCCUCGUGUAAUAACUUGCUCAGCCAAGAAUAUUCCCAAAUUUUACAACAAUAUACAUCCAGGAAAACAGAAAGCUCUUUAAAAGCAUGUUGCUGUGCCCAUUGAUACCCUGUGCAUUGAGCUUUUUAAGUGGAACAAAGAGAGCCCUCGGGUAGGUCUUGAUGUUAGCACGGAUUAGGGACCAAGGUAUCUGUGCCCACCCAGCAGCAAGCAAGCCAGCUUUACUGUGUAAUCCCCCUACACACAGGACAAAUCCACUGCAUAAAGCUGAAUUUAGGCCAAACAGUACACAGACAGGGGGAAAAAACUUGCUUUUAUCAAGGCAUACCUCAUCAAUUGGAUCAUCUUCCCCUUUAACAACUGAUUUGUGCGUAAGCCCUUCCAGAUGACAAUGUGCCGUUAGGAGAUUUCCCAGAAGCCUCGAAGGGCCUCGCUACCCUCCAAUACCGUACCAUACAUUAAUGUAUGUUAACUGUGACCACCAGCCCGCUGCUCUUUAUCAACGUUUGCUCUUUUCUCUGUUUGUUCUCAUUUGAGAAGUCCUCUGGUUUUCAUGAAAAAGGUAUCAAACAAAAGGUCCAGAUGCAAAAGAAUCCUCAGUGUUACCAUUUGAAGAAAGGAUUGGAGUCGUUUUCACUCCUCAUUGUGUUCACACCUCUGUGAAAAACCUGUCAUUUCGUCUCACUUGUUUCGUGUUUCAGAACCAAAGCUCUAGGCAAACUUUAUUUUUGUACAAUAUUCAUUUUAUAACUUUUUAAAAAAUUAAACUUGUUUCUAUCAAA